GAAAUAUAUUUAACAAACUGAUAAUAUCAUAUCCGUUUGUUGAACCCCUUGAAUCUUGAUUAUUUGUCUCCCAAUAAUCCAUUGCUCCACCACUUGCAUUCUUCCACAAUCUUCAGUGCGUUCACUAGGUCAUUAAGUCCGUUAUUUUUUUCGAGGGUAAAAUGUACACACUGAUUCUUUAAUGAGAAACACAUACGCUUCUUUAAGGUCCCUUUCUAGAUCAUUCUCUCCCUUUCCUUCCGCUUUCAGAUUGUGAGAGAACGCGAUGGCUCGAGCAAAGAAAUAGGCAAAGUAUUGGUCAUCUUCCUUAAAUCCAGUGUUACUACAUCUGAAGCAAUCAAGAUGAGAGCCAUGAUUUGAGGAUGAAGAAUUUCAUUUCACUAUUAGUUCAAUUUUUAGUUUAUGGGCUGAUGAUAGUACUUGAAAAUAUAUUCUUUGUUUCCAUCAUCCAUCAAUUUUUUGAAUUUUCCAUUUUCUGUUUCUAAUUCUCUCUGUGAAUUUAUGUGUGUGUGUGUGUCUAUAUAUAUAUAUAUUUAUUUAUUCUUCUUUCUCAUGCUUUGUUAAUUGUUAUAUGUUAUAGUAGUUGAAAAAUUAAUGAUUAUGAGAUUUCUACUUGCAAUUUGUACACAUUCACUCAUCCUUGGUUUUCGAUUUCAAUUGAAAUUGAAGUUUGUGUUGAUAGUUCAAACUGCACAUAUGAAGCUUUUAGCAAGAUAAGUAAUAAUAAUUAUGACAUGGAUUAAGGAGUUUGAUUAGGUUUGACUUUGCUAUGUGUCGUGAUCUCCUCCUUCUGGAUGACACACUAUUUGAUUGGAGUGAGGGAAAAAUUAGGAGCUAAAUGGUGUCCAUUCUUUAUUUUACAGAGGAAGUUGGCUAUUGAAGAAGUUAUCAGAUGUUGCAUUUUAGUUCCUUUUUCUCAUAACACUUUUUUUUACUCGAGUGUUGUUAACCUGAUGCUAAUGGUUGAUGCAUGUUUUAGCUUAUCUAGGACGUGUAGUUUCUACUAUGUUCAUUAUAUUUUCACAAUAGUGGAACUUAUCAGUGUCGCUGCUACAUGUCAACUAUUAUAUUGCUUGCUGAAUUCUCCCUCCUACUGACAUCCUGGUCUAUGUUUUUGGAAUUCUGAUUUGAACCAGCACUUUGUAGUUUGGCUUAGUCAAUUUAACUCGUCUAUUCGAUUUCUAGCACGAAUGAAUGGAUUAUUAUUUUCAUCAAACAAUUUGUUAAUUUAAGAGUUGCAGUGGAUACAGGGGAAAUUUGUUUUAAGUGGGUUAGAAAAAUGUUAAUCAUGUAAAACUGCCCUUCCACACCUUAUUUAUUUAUUUUUUGUAAAAAUGGAAAAACCACUCCUCCUCUGCUUCUUGAUGAUGACACGAUGCAAUCAUUUCUUAUCUCUUGAAGCUCAAGUUCCUGGAACCAGUCAAGAUCACUUGCAGAUUUUCAAUAUUGAGGCAAAGCAGAAAAUGAAAUCAUAUCAGAUGCCUGAGCAGAUGUUAGCUCUUGUUACUCAAACGUCAGUCUAUCAUUGGCCAACUGAAGGGGAUUCUGAGCCUAUAAAAAUGUUCGAUAGAACAGCCAAUUUAGCCAACAACCAAAUAAUUAACUACCGAUGUGAUCCUUCUGAGAAAUGGUUGGUUUUGAUUGGUAUUGCCCCAGUUUCAGCAGAGAGACCUCAGCUGGUCAAAGGAAACAUGCAGUUAUAUUCAGUGGAUCAGCAACACAGUCAAGCUCUCGAGGCACAUGCUGCAGCAUUUGCCUCAUUCAGGGGAAGAAGCCGUCUUUUACGAAGAAACAAGCCGAUCUCUUCUUUCCUCCAUAUUUUGCUGAUGAUUUCCCAGUUGCAAUGCAGAUUUACUUUGUAUUGGAUGGCUAAACAGUGGUGAUCUAUCAAGGGACAAAUGGAACCACUCCUAUUUCCGAGGUUAAAAAGUACUUCAAGGAGCUCGGAGAGACAACUGAUGUUAAAUACGUUGAUCCCACUUACAUGAUCCGUGCAAAUGCUUCAUAUGGUAUUCUGUGCACGGUACUUGGGCUAAAUGUUGUUCACGGUGCAUUUGCUGGAUGUAGUGGUAUCACAGUGGGUAUAUGCAACACUCAUUAUGUCUACUUUCCAAUUCCAGAAGUCAUCCUUUUAGAAGGACAGCAAAGCAGAAAUUGUUCUCCCUGUCGUUGUCCACCAUGACCUAAGUUUUGGCAAUCUGCUAUCUGGAAUCGAAUCACCGCCUGCUCCAUUUUCCAUCUGGAAAACCCAGCAUCAUAUCUCCGUUGAUGCCGCCAUCAAUUGCUUUGGGUCUUGCUAACACCUACUUAUCUAGCAAUAGUAAUGGAGUAUGCGGCGGGAGGAGAACUCUUUGCGAGGAUCUGUAAUGCUGGAAGAUUUAACGAAGAUGAGGAGCUCGCCUGAAGAACAGAGUGAAGAAAAAGUAAGUCCAGAAGCCUGCCCGAAGAACAGGGUAAAGAAAAGUAAGUCCAGGAGCCCGCUUGGAGAACAGGGUGAAGAAAAAAGUAAGUCCAGGAGCCCGCCUAAAGAGCAGAGUGAAGAAAAAGUAAGUCUAGGAGCCUGCCUGAAGAGCAGGGUGAAUAAAAAGUAAAUCCAGGAGCCCGCCUAAAGAACAGAGUAAAGAAAAAAGUAAGUCCAGGAGCCCGCCUGAAAAACAGGUGAAGAAAAAGAAAGUCCAGGAGCCCGCUUGAAAAACAGGUGAAGAAAAAGAAAGUCCAGGAGCCCGCCUGAAAAACAGGGUAAAGUAAAAGAAAGUCCAGGAGCCCGCCUGAAGAACAAAAUGAAGAAAAAAGUAGGUCCAGGAGUCCGCCUGAAGAACAGGGUGAAGGAAAAAACAAGCCAGGAGCCCGCCUGAAGACCAAGGUGAAGAAAUAGCAAAUCAGGAGCCCGCCUGAAGAAUAGGGUGAACAUUAUCAGUUGCAAGUCAGGUGACCGUCUGAAGAAUAUGGUGAAUUUUUAAGUUCAAGUCAUGAAGAUUCAAAUUAAAAUUCCAUAGCAAUUACAUUUUGUAUUUGUAUUUUUCAUUUUUGAUUUUGUUAGUCAUUUGAAUUUAAAAAGCAAUAGUCGUUAACCGAA